AUGGCAAAAAAAAGUCAAAAUUUCCUAUAAUUGAUUUAAACUAAUGGACUUGAUAAGUUGGAAUAACUUUACUUGUACCCACUUAAUAUUGACAUACAAAGUAAUGAUCUUGAGGUAAAAGAUUAUAUUUCAAUCCUUGAUAAUUUGACAAAGGAGACCUACUUUAAAAAUCUUAAAAAAUUAAGGUGUUCAUUGAUGUAUCAUAAAACUUAUACUGAUUUAAAGGAAGAUUUAAAGCUCAUGUAAAAAAGAAUUAUUAAAUUAAUUACGCUCAAAUGUAUUGAAGAUUUAAGUUUCGAUUUCUUUAGAAUUAUAGAAGAUAAGGAAGUUCUUCAAUUCGCUAAAAAAUUAUCAACUCAAGUGAUUGAGAAUAUUGAAAAAGUAACAAAUCUUAAGAAAGUUAAUGGCUUAAAUGUCGGCUAUUAUCUAUAAAGUAAAGCAAAAUAUAUUGAAAUUUUAGAGCCAUAGAAGUAGCUAAAUCUAUUCUAAUACUAACUAAUGAUAAAUUUAGUUAAUUACCAACUCGAUAAUGGUAGUUCCAUCAUAAUGAUGAUUGGUUAGUAGGAAAUGAAUUACACUAGAUCAAUUCUUAACUAGCUAAACUAGAUUCACGAUAUCAAUAAUUCCUCUUCAUCAAUCUGGUUAAAGGACUACAUCAAUGAACUCUUGUUUGUCAAAACUUUGAGUGUCUAUAAUUUCUCAUUCUAUUUAUAGGAAGAAUUGUCACUCAAUAAAGAAUAGCUAAAAGGAGAAGAAAACUUAAAGAUUGCUAACAUUCAGAAAUAAAUGCUUGGCAUUUCAUAAGAUCUCUAAUAAAAGUUUAAUCCUUACUUUAAAAGGAGGCUUAGAAGUUUUUCAAAUCUUGGGAUAAAAUCAUAACUUGACUCUAUAAUCAUUAUGAGUUCAAGUGGUUCUUGUUUGUCUACUCUUAUUUUGGAUUUAGAUAAACUUCAAACUAAAUUUAAUUAGGAUAUUCUAAGGACAUCAGUGAGUAGUCUUAAAAGAUUAGAGAAUAUAAUAUUGAUAUCUAAGGAGAAGGUUUCAUUUAAGUUAAUAGCAUAGCUUCUUGACAUCAAUAAAACUAUUCUGUCCAAGCUUUGCAUAGAUUUUUAGCUUGAUGAAUCGUUUAUUAAACACUUUGUGACUUUGAUUCUAAAUAUGGAAAGAUUGAGGCAUAUUCAUCUUACUUAAUAAACUAAUCUUUAAGCUCUUAGUUAAUCAAGCUUAGCUAGUCUAAAAUAGAUCCUUUCAAAAGAUAGCUUGAAAUAUAUCAUAAUAGAUAGUUUCUCUCUUGACAUAGAUAUAGAAAAUCUUAUUGGCCUGUCUUAGAAUCUUACUUUCCUCGUACUUACAAUUAAGACUUACAACAGAUAAAAUAUAAUUUAGUAUUAAAGAUUCAUUUUGGAGCUCUCAAAGAAAGUAUAUAAUCUGAAUAACUUGCAAGUGCUUAACAUUAAACUCUCUGUCUAAAAUCUCAAGCAUUUCUUUAAUGUGGAUCCUGUCAGAUUAAAUUCCCUCUUUUAGCAUGACAAAGAUUUUAUUAGUAUAGUGGUUGAUGUCUUGGCCAAGAACAAGGAUACUCUAGAAGUCUGGAAUUUGUUUUAUCCUAUAAGAUCAGCAUACCUACCUAUUUUUACUACUAAAAUUAUUAAUGCAGCUCUCAAGGAGAAUCUUAUUCUUAAAGUCUUGAACAACCUAGAUAUGAGAAGUAUUAGAGAGUUUUAUAUCAAUGAAAGUCUCAUUAGUACUGAUAUCGACGGUAUGUAUUCAAAACUUCCUCAUAUCAAUUCAUAAAAUGGAGAAGUGCUAAUCUACGAUAACUACAGGUUCAAUCAUUCCUUAACUACAAUAAUGGCUAGUUUUAUUGCUAAAUUGAUUGGGACUGUUUGUAGUUAGCAAGCAAAGAAUCAUUAGUCAGUAUUAAGUCAAAUUUCAUUCGAUGGCGUAAAUAUAUUAUAACUAAAAGAUAUCUUAGAAGGUAUUAUAGAUCAAGAAGGAGUAUUCGAUUUUAAAAAGUUUACAAGGGAUGUUCUCAAACAGCAUGUAUUACUUUAGAGUGAUAUUCAGAUUGUCUUAGCAUUAUUAUUUGCAGACGAGGAGAAAAUAUAAAAUAUCAAACAGUUAAUAUUCUCUAUGCCAAAUAUUUAUGAGAUAGAAAUUGAGACUAUUGCUAGUAGAUUAAAGAAAAAUACAUAGAUUUUCUCGAACAUCACUCAUUUAAGUUUUAAGGGGACUUAGUUUUAGUCAUCUCUUCUAGAUGUGAACUCUCUGGAUAUAAAGAAAACUAGCUUUCAUGAAUUUUUAUUACUACCAUAAUUACAAAACUUAAAUCUCAGUUAUACAAAUAUCUUCCAUGCCAUGUCUGACGAAAUUAUUAACUAGUUUUGUGAAGAACUGAAAAAGAAAACUAAUUUUAAGUAUCUUGGACUAGCUUAAACUAUGAUCACUAUUAAAAAUCUAAGAAAGUAUAAUUAGGUCUUAUCAAAUUUGCCUACAAACUUAGAAAAGCUUAAUAUCUCUUAUAACUUGAUUCUGCCAGAACCAUUAAUGAAUUUUGUAUUCUUUACAGUGUAAAAAAUAAAAAUGACGUUUGCAAAGUGCUCUAGCAAUUAGAUCAAUAUUAAAACUAACUAAAUUGAACUUGAUAGUUAGUUUCAAGAGCUAGCUUAGUUUAUCGUAAGAAAAAGAGACAUUUUAAGGUUUAGAUAGAUUUAAUUUCAUUCUAAGCUGUGGCUAGUAAUGAGAGAAAUGGAUGUAGAUGAUGAAAAUUAAGAAUAGCAAUAAUCAAUUAGUAAUAAUACAAAUUAAGUUGCAAAGGAAGAUGUAGUCUUAAUUGAUAAAUUCAUUUUCUCCACUUAGUGUGUUCAUGAAUUCUUGAUUAAUAUGGAAGUUAUAAAGUUGAGUACAUUCUCUAAAAUUGGAAUUUUCGACUUUAACUUUUAAUUGCUAAAUGCUGGAACUUAGCUUGCAGAUAUGUUUAAUGAUUUAAUAAUGGCAGGCUGCCUUGAGAAAUUAGAAUAUCUAAACUUAGUGAAUGUUAACCUUCAAAUGCUUUUGAUGAAUAAAAGCCAAAUGGCUGACAAAUUACUAUUUUUGAAAGAAAUAUCUUCUAGAUGUGCUUUGAAAGAAUUGGAUAUUAGCAAAAACAGUCUGAUAUUACCUACUUUAAUGGAAAUAAUUAUUCAAACUUUUGAGUGCAAAACUUUAACCAAGAUUACUUUUAAAAAUGAUAAAAAUAAAUGGCCAUUGAACUCUAAAUAAUAUGUUGAUUUAUAACGGCAAUUAGAAGGAUUGUUUUAUGAAUAAUAAAGAAAAUUUGAAAUAGACAGAUUAAAUGAUAUUAUAAGAUUUUUUUGA